UCACUCCGCGGGGUCAGUUUAUAUUAUUUUUAUUUUACACUGGCGUUUGUAAACAGGCUAAUAUAUUAUUUAAAAAUACAUUCUAACGCUAUUAUGGAUGAUAAUUAUGUGCACUUCUAAAUGAGAAGAUGUCGUUCCUUUGAGUGCCGUGCCUAAUGUUGUGGCACUAUUUAGCAUGGUGUCGCUCACAGUGCGUGAUUCGUUACACUCAAAUAUGGCUACCAUGGAGUGCAAGCUACAACUUUAAUAUUUGUACUAAUGCAGAAAUGUAACGUUUUACUUCAUUCCUCGAUCUACAGCCGCGUGUAAUUGUCGUCUUGUACGUCUACAAAUUGUAAAUACCCAGGCAAGGAUACCAUCUCGAUGGGUUUAGCGUUAAUAAAGUAUAGCUCGAAAUUUGCAGCUUGCUCCGCGAGCUGAUCGAAAUCGUCAGGAUUGAAAGCGAAAUCUGCUUUCGGUUUUCCCUCAAUUGGGGAUAUUUUUGGGCUGUAUUUCUCCGAAUGUGUCCAGAGAUCGGCUCCUGUCAUCGCCUCGCAGGAGCUCAGAUAGCGGUCGGUAUGGCUUGUUUUCGGAUGAGGGAUGUAACCCGCGAGGAUUUGGCGAUGUGGGAUGAAGCGGAAUAAAGAAAAGUGAUCCGUUCAAACCGAAGGAAAUCGGAUGCGUUCUGCCUAUGGAUUAAACAUUAGAGUUUUUCUGUGGAUUUUACUGGAAUACGUGUUCAAUAUCGCCGAAGAUAUCGCUUUGUCACGCUGGCUUAUUUUCCAGAGGAAUAGUGGUGUAUUCCUCCCCAACCCCCCCAGCGCCAUCCACAAACACUAAACAAAAGUACUAUAUGUCACGUAUAUGACGGUUCUUGUCAUGAAGGAAAUAAAUAAAAAUUGCUAGGGUCGAAAAGAAUGUCAUCAGAGGAGAAAAGUCUGGACCCCUCUGACAAAGGACCCUCGCCACCUCCUAGCAGCUCUGGGGCCACUCCCACUGGAAGUCCGGCCCCCACGGAUAAGCGGCCCCGGGGCCGCCCUCGUAAGGACGCAUUAUCCACGGCAACAACACUUCCAUCUGUGCCCAGACAGAGAAAGAAGAAUCGGGGGCGAGGAAAAGCUCUGGUGGAGGAUGAAGACAGCACAGAUGGAAUGGAGACCGCAGAAACAGGAAGCACACAGGAGACAGUCACUAAAGGGCAGCAGGAGGAGACGGAGGACGCCUCUGCCGUGGCAGUUUCAGCAGAGGGGGAGGAAGAGGAGCAGCCGUCAUCCCCUCUUCCUGCGAGCUCUGAGACGGGGGCGGCACAAACAUCAUCAGCCUCUGGAGAAGCUAAAAGCAGCGAACAGCUCUGUGCCUUCUGUUACUGUGGUGGUCGAAGCCUGUUGGGCCAGGGGGAUCUGAAGCCAUUCAGGGUCACGCCCGGAUACGACCCUCCACUCCGACAAUCCUCCACAGAAGAGGGCCAUGACCAUGACGACAAGAGUGGGGCUGCCAGCCAAUCAGGGAGACACAGGGGCCCAGAGAGUGUCGAGGCAGAGGAAGCAGGAGGAAGAUUCUGGGAUGAGCUCCGCCACGUCGGCCUGCCAGACGGCAUUGACGUCCGAACACUCUUUGAGGAGUCAGGUCAGUGCUGGGCCCAUCAAAGCUGCGCGUUGUGGUCAAAUUUUGUGUGUCAAGCGGAGGAUCAAUCACUGCUAAACGUGGACAAAGCCAUCCACUCAGGGAGCACAGAGCAUUGUGCAUAUUGUAAGCGCCUUGGAGCAUCCAUCAAGUGCUGUGAGGAGGGGUGUGAUCGCUCGUACCAUUACCCCUGCGCGGGGGCUGCCGGCACCUUUCAGGACUUCAGGAGGCGCUCUGUCCUGUGCACAGAGCACAUAGAGUUGGCCGUCAGCAAAUAUGAAGAGGAGUCGAACUGUAUAUUGUGCGACAGCCCCGGGGAUCUCCUGGACCAGUUUUUUUGCACCAGCUGUGGGUUGCACUACCACGGCAUGUGUCUGGACAUCAGCGUCACUCCUCUGAAGAGGGCAGGCUGGCAGUGCCCCGAGUGUAAAGUCUGUCAGACAUGCAAGGAGCCUGGAGAGGACACUAAAAUGUUAGUGUGCGAUAUGUGCGACAAAGGCUAUCACACUUUCUGCAUGCAGCCGGCUAUGGACUCUAUCCCCACCAACGGCUGGAGGUGUAAGAACUGCCGGAUGUGUGUUGAGUGUGGCACCCGGAGCAGUGAACAAUGGCACCACAACAACCUACUCUGCCAAAACUGUGGUGAUCAACAGGACACUACCCUCCCCUGCUCAUGUCCCAGCGACGUAGAUCCCGAAGCCCACAAAGACCUGCUUUCUUGCCAUCAGUGCAAAAGGUGGUUCCACCCAGAGUGUGAAGGUCACGCAAAUGCCCAGCCCAAAGAAGAUCACAUAUGUUCCAGCUGUAGAAACGCCGGCUUUGAAUCAGAUCCUGUGCGCACGGAUGCAGAAGGAAACCAGGCGGAGACUCAAUCACAUGUGGACGUUGAGGAAGACGCACAGCUAGUUCCAUCAAACAACGAUCCUGAGCCUGCCAAAGUUCAAGACGUAGAACCUCAUCAGCCUGUCAGCGAGGUGCCGAGUGAAGAGAAGCAAAUGGACGAAAAACAAAUUACGGAAAUUGGUGCAGACGCUAGUGGCGAUUUACUCAAGCCAGAGUCCAGCGAGACCUCACACCACAGCACAGAAAAAGAAAGUACUUCAGUUCCAUCUCCUCAAAAGACAACAGAUCCUGAAGAUUCAGAGCCGCACGAGCAGAAACUGGAUUCGGCUCCAGAGACGAAGCAGCUCGUGACGUCAUUUGAAACAGAGGAGCUUCCAGAGACUUCAGCUACGCUCACGGAAAACAUUUCCAAAAGUGAGGAUGACAGCAAACCCUGCCUGGAGGAGCAGAAAUCCAACCCAUCACCCACCAAAGAGCCAACUCCAGCCUGUACUUCCCAUGAGGAAGAACCCAUGGAGGUUUCCUUCACAGAGGAACCUUCCUCAAAGGCGCAUGGAGUUACUGUAGAGCCUGAGGUCAGUGCUGACAAGACUACGCCAGUAGUUCAGAGCCAGGAGGAUUUGGAUGUUAUGUCGCGGCAGCACGACGUCAUUCCUGAGAGGCGCACGGAGCAAUUGGACAUCUCUAUGGAUGUUGAUCAGCGAUGCUUGGCCAAGCUGAGCUCACUGGUGGAGGAGAGGACGUCUUUACAGCAAACUCCAUGCAGGCAGCCUGAGGGGUUGCCCUCGUUAGGGCAGGGGUCGUCCCAGCUCCAUGCCCUGGUCCAGGCUGUCUCAGGAGAAGCCAUUAGCAAUGUGCCUUCAUCCACCUUCAUACCAUUCACUCCAAAAAUCGGCAUGGGCAAGCCGGCCAUCUCGAAGAGAAAGUUCUCACCUGGAAGGCCCAGAGUCAAGCAGGGAGCAUGGAGCGCCUCCCGCAGACCGAGCUCCCCCUCAUGGUCCCUUGACCCGACUGAGGGCUGGGACGGGCCAAAGAGCAGGCAGCCCCACAGCAUGGCCGCCUGGAUAAUCCGUGUGGGCAGAGGAUCUGGCUUCCCCGGCAGGAGGCGGCCCAGGGGUUCGGGUGUCACAGGACGGGGAGGACGUGGCCGUGCCAGAAUGAAAAAUGGAGUCCCUCCAAUCCCAAUACCAGGAGUCAACAUCAUGGAACCAAUGUGCGUAUUCAAGGAAGAGGAGGAAAGCGCCAUGCACAGUACAGUGGUGAUUUUCUCUAGUACAGACACGUUCACUCUGAAACAGGAUAUGUGCGUGGUGUGUGGAAGUUUUGGACAGGGUGUGGAGGGUCGACUCCUGGCGUGUGCUCAGUGUGGACAGUGUUACCAUCCUUUCUGUGUUAACAUAAAGAUCACUAAGGUGGUGUUGAGUAAAGGCUGGCGGUGUUUGGAGUGUACCGUGUGCGAGGCGUGUGGUCAGGCCAGCGACCCGGGACGUCUGCUGCUCUGUGACGAUUGUGACAUCAGCUACCACACCUACUGCUUAGACCCGCCCCUGCAGAAUGUGCCCAAUGGGAGCUGGAAAUGCAAAUGGUGUGUGUCCUGUACGCAGUGCGGCGCCACGUCUGCGGGUCUGAGGUGUGAGUGGCAGAAUAAUUACACUCAGUGUGCCCCUUGCGCCAGCCUGGCAUCAUGCCCACUGUGCCAGCAGGACUACAAUGAGGAGGAGAUCAUCCUGCAGUGCCGCCAGUGUGACAGGUGGAUGCACGCCUCGUGUCAGGGGAUCUGUUCGGAGGAGGAGGUGGAGAAGAUCGCAGAGACCAGCUUUGACUGCAGUCUGUGCCAAGGCCAGACCCCUCUCUCUCCUGCGCCUGGAACGCCGGCCAAGUCCAGUUUGGAUUUUGUCGAGUCGGUUCUCCUACCACAGAGAUUCACAAAAACAAGAGAUCCUGACCUGUCGAGGACGUACACCCAGGAUGGUGUUUGUCUCACGGAGUCGGGUCUGUCCCAGCUACAAAGUCUCGCCAAUGCGGCCUCUCGCCGGAGACGCUCCAAACCCAAACUCAAACUGAAGAUCAUAAACCAGAACAGCGUGGCCGUGCUGCAGACUCCUCCAGACCCACACACUGAACUAUCCAGAGAUGGAGACAUUGACGACAUCAAAACAGAAGUGGAGAUGGUGGAUGGUGAGGGGAAGUCAGAUUCAAGUCCUGAAAGAGAGGCCACCGCAGAAGAUGACUCUAAAGACACGGAUGCCUGCAAGAAGAGAAAGAGGAAGCCCUACCGCCCAGGUAUUGGAGGUUUCAUGGUCAGACAGAGGAACCGGAUGGGUCCGGGUAGAACCAAACCUGCCUUGGUCAGGAAGGACUCCACUGGUUCUGAGACCCUGCAAGGCAAAGACGAGGUCUGGGGUGACCAAGCUCCUGACACUCCGAUUGAUGAAAAACCUCCUUUGUCAGAUUUUCACGACAAUCCUGAGGUUAAAAUACGGAAACGCUAUAGGAAAAAGAAGACCAAACUGGAGGAGGCUUUUCCCACUUACCUACAGGAGGCCUUUUUUGGGAAAGACCUGCUGGACAAGAGCAAACAGAGCAGGCAGGAAACCACACGGCUGCUAGAAGAUGACCGAGACAGGAAACAGCUCACGGCCAAUCAGAUGAAGCCAUUGUCAAACGCAUCACUCAGUGCGUCAUCGGCACCGCUGCCCAGUAAAGCAGUAGCAGCACAAAACUCUGUGGAGCCUCUAGUGGACCUCUCCGAAGAGCUGAAAUCAGACACAGAGCUGCUGGGAAUGUUUUCUGAUAACAAUGGAAAGCAAACAGAGGAGCCCGGUCUUGAUUUUUGCCCUUUCCAAAUUGAGUACUCUCCUUCCCCAUUUGGUCUGGACGUUGCUCCUUUAACAGAAGAUGCAGCUGCCUCAUCUCAAACUCACCUAGGCCGAACUUACUCACGUCAGGUGCCCGAGGAGCCACUGGAUGGCAUCUUAAGCCCUGAACUGGACAAGAUGGUCACUGAUGAAUCAAUACUCAGCAGACUCUACAAAAUACCAGAGCUUGGUGGGAAGGAUGUGGAGGAUCUCUUCUCAGCUGUCCUGAGUCCCAGCACCAGCCAACCUCCUCAGAUGCAUCAACAGAUCCAGGGAGCUCAAACCCUGCAUGGUCCCCCAGGCCAUGGUUUACAUCCCUCCCAACCAAACUCAGGAAUGUCUUCACGAAUACCAGUGAUGAAUGGUUUGAUGGAACCCAAACAGGAGUUUUCACAGUCCUCGAUUGGUCCUGGCUCAGGGCCCGAUAUGGCUCGAAAUAUCCCCUCAAUGCAGCGCAUGCCUUUUUCAGACAAUCUUAGGGACAGGAAGUUCAAUCUGAUAGCGCAGGAGACUGCUGGUCCGUGGUCCGCUACAGGGUCAUCUUCUGCAUCUGCUCCAGCCGCUGCCUCGGAGGUGGAGGGAGACUCCAUGUCCACUGCACAGAAAAGCACUCUGAAGUGGGAGAAAGAGGAAAUGCUCGGAGAACUUGCCACUGUUGCACCCGUCCUGUACACUAAUGUCAACUUCCCAAACCUCAAGGAGGAAUAUCCAGAUUGGUCAACACGAGUAAAACAAAUCGCAAAACUGUGGAGAAAAGCAAGUUCACAGGACCGGGCUCCAUAUGUGCAAAAGGCCAGAGAUAACAGGGCAGCCCUACGCAUUAACAAGGUCCAAAUGUCCAACGAGACCAUUAAGCGGCAGCCGACCCUGCCCCAGCAGCCUCUAGAAGAGUUUGAUCCUGCUAUUCCUCCCCUGGACCCAGAGUUACUGUUCAAAGAUCCACUAAAGCACAAGGAAUCAGAACAUGAACAAGAAUGGAAGUUCAGACAGUUGCAGCAAAUGAGACAGAAAAGUAAGCAGCAAGCUAAGAUUGAAGCUACACAGAAACUGGAGCAGGUGAAGAAUGAACAACUUCAACAGCAGCAGCAACAACUCCCAUCAAUCAGCCAAUCUGAGGAAGACUCUUGCAGCGGCCUGAAGAGUCCUGUCUCUGUCCAUUCUAACAAUGAGAACAUGUCUCCCAAGCAGCUCAGCUCAAAGAAUGGGGUUUCAAAGUCACAGCUGCCUGGCACGCCUACAUCAUGUUCCCCUGAUGAUGUAUUUUUGCGCCCUCAUCCUCCACCCCCAUCUUCGGGAUCUCAGCCUCAAUCCCCUCAGAUGUUCUCCCCAAGCUCAUCAGGCUCUAGACCAUCCUCACCCUGGGAUCCCUACACCAAAAUGGUAGGCACACCCAGACCACCACCAACUGGCCAGGGAACUCCACGCCGUAACUCGGAAUCAGGGAAAUCUCCCAGGGGUCUUUCGGAGCCAAUUGGCUCCCCAACAGCCAUAUGUAAUGAUCCCUAUGCCAAGCCCCCAGACACUCCGAGGCCGGCAGGAGCUACAGAUCCUUUUCUCAAGCCUAUGUGCCCUCCUAGAGCAAAUCAAACUUUGGAAGGAAGACAUCUUGUUGGCUCCCCUGGCCAUGAUCCUUUCUCUAGGGUGUCUGUGAGAAAGGAAGCCUACCAGAGGAUGCCUCAAGGCAGGAUGAUACUCUCAGACCCUUAUGCUCGUCCUUUACUCACUCCUAUCCCAGGCAGCAAUGAAUCGGGGUCCGUCCAGGUCUUUAAAACCCCAAUGCCACCUCCUCAGGCUCAGGAACAGUAUGCAGGUAUGCAUGCACGGAGAGCAAGUGGGGAUCCUUUUGAAAGAUCAAUGAUGCCCCCUCGUUCCUCUGAGGGAUUCUCUCAGAAUCAACAUAAUGAUCCUUAUGCACAGCCUCCGCUCACUCCACGUCCGGCAGUAAGUGACGGCUAUGCAAAUCAGAGGGUUUUACGGCAGCCCCAAACCCUCCCAUUUCCUCAGUCUGGAGCAAUUGCACGCCAGCCUUCCUGUAACCCAUAUGCUCGAGCACCAUCUACUCCUCGACCAGACUAUUCUCAGUGCGAUCCCUAUGGACAACAACCUGCUACACCACGACCUUCGAGUGACCCUUUUGCCCAAUCUCCGUUUUCUAACCCCUACGCCAGAAUGCCAGGCACACCUAGACCACAUGACCCUGAACCUUACACUCAGCAGCCUGCAUCUCGCCAUCCAGUCAUGAUGAAUCAACCCUCUCAGCAGCAGACUCUAAACCCCAUAAUGUCCCCUAUGUCAAUGGACCCUUACGCACAACCCCCUGGGACCCCACGCUCAGGAAUGGCAGACCGGUUCCCCAAGUCCCCAAGUCACCAAAGGACUGCUGAUCCUUUUAGUCAAUCUCUUGUACUACCACGUUUGCUAGGGCCCGAUCAGUCAAUGGGAAGGUCCCAACUGUUACCUAAUGAUUCAUGUGCACAUCUAACACAAACACCUCACCCUGGAGGUGUCGGACAGGGAUUGGGUCCUGGGCCCAUGUCCAAUCAAGAUCCAUUCUCCCCUCCUCAAGUGCUGAUGCAAGACACAUUUGCCAGUCCAAAAAAACAUGGUCCUCAGAACCUCAAACAUCUAGGUAUGACAGAUGAUACCAGAUCUCAGCAGCUAUCCAGUCAACCUAAUCAGACUCCCAUCCAUGACCCCUUUGAGCAGGCCGCCAUAAUUCCCCAUUCUCAGUGUGGAGAAAAUAAGGAGCAACAAGGAUUAGUACAGAGUAUCAGUUCCCACACCAUGGGGCAGCCCAGCACCGGAGUUCAAACAGUACCACUUGCUGAAGCUGAGGAAAGACUCAGACAGCGUCAGCGUAUUCGAGAGCUAAUCCUCAAACAGCAACAGCAGAAAAGUGCCAUACGUCAAGACAAAGGUGUACAGGAUCAUCCACUGUCCAUGCCUCCAGGAACUCCUCAGCACUGGAGUCAGGAGUCUACAGGCCAACAGAAUGAAAUUUUUAAUCGCCCACCACCACCAUAUCCUGGUCCAGGAGCUGUAAGAGCCCCUCAGAGAUUUCAUGGGCCAUAUCCAGGGGAUCAGCAGGGGCAUUUCCCUGAAGGCCACUUUCCUAGACCACAAUUUCCUGGGGAUGCCGACUCAAAUAUAAGGCAGCUUGGGCCAAGGAUGCCCCUCUCUUCUAGUGUCCAAGGUCAUAUGGGAGCUCCAAGACCUCAUCAGAUGCAGGACUCAACAAUCGAAGCUCAUCCACAGAUGAGAAGAUCCAUGUCUAUGGACUUGGGGAAAUCAAUAGGUGGCAGCCCUUUAGUAACCUCACAUUUGCCGCCUCGUGGCAUGCACAUGCAACAGCAUAACAUUAUGGGGGCUUUCAUAGAACUGAGACACAGAGCACCAGAUAACAGACUGCGGCUUCCCUUUGGACCACCCGUUAUGCAUGGAAACCGAAUGGAAUCGCCCUCACACCAACGACCCCCAGGUUUCUUGGUGGGCCAAGAAAUGGGAUUCCCCUUCAAUCAGGUUCCAAAGACAAUGAACACAACAAUGAAUCAGUCUCAGGUAGCUGUUACACAGAUGCAGGCAUCUCUGAGCUUGGGGAAUUUACAGCAGGCCAAUAUUCCUCUGAGAGCUGGACAUCCACAAAUCCCCCUGACAAGGUCUAUUAGCCAACCUGCUUCCAAUGAGAGUCUCAGCGCUCCUUUACUCACAAAUAUUGCUACAUCUGCUGGGCAAAAUGAGGAGGUCCCUUUAUCCUCAAAUGAAGUUCCUGAGGAGAAAAUUGAUGCUGAUGAAUCUGCUGUUAAGGACCUUGAAGAUGUUGAGGUGAAGGACCUUGUAGAUGCCGAUUUAGAGAACCUAAAUCUUGACGCAGACGACGGAAAGGACUUGGAUCUUGAAACAAAUGACCUGCAUCUAGAUGACUUCUUAACAUCUGGUAAAUUUGAUAUUAUUGCUUAUGCUGAUGCUGAUUUAGAUCUUAGUGAGGACUUGGAUCUCAAUGAUCCCAUGGAAGACCACCCUGAGACGUCUGAUGUCCAAAAGACCCAAGCUGAGAAAAAGACUGAAAGUUUUGAUGACGCAUCCUCAUCAUCAUGUUCUACAAGUGGCGAAGUGGUGGACAAAACUGCCCAGUCUCAAGGUCACAUCAGUAAAGAGGUUCCUCAGGAUCAGGUGUCGGUUUCUCCGAAAACAGAGGAUGGCAAAAAUGGAAAUAAAGAUUGCUUGUCCCAAAACACUUCUUGUAAGAAUCAGAUAAAUGAAAGUGGUGCUGCCAUUAAUCAAGCGGGCUUUGAAAGUGAUAUUGAUGCCAGUUUACAGGUUUCAAAGACUGGAAUUCACCCUGAUGCUACUCCAGUGCUUUCAAGUAUGCUGGUCAAUGUACAACCAGAAGGUGAAUCACUAAAGCAGGAACACUGUGGUCAGUCAGCGGCACAAAGCAACUCUCCAAAUCAGGAAGCUACAAUGUCACUCAGUAGUUCUAUGCUGGGGCAAGGAAACUUCUCAGUGCAGGGGAUGGAUUCUGGCCUCAGUAUUGGCCAAUCGUUGGCGUCUUCUCAUGGCGAAAGUGAAUUGGAAGUCCCGGGCUCCAUUCAGGAACAGCAACAAAGCCAUAUUUUCGGCAUGGAUCAAAAAGAUGCUGUGCUCUCAGGGGAACAACAAAGUAUUCUUACACAACAGGCAAUGUUGUCACAGCAAGGUCUUCUGAACAGACCACUCCUUCUGGAGGAGCAGCCACUUCUUCUCCAAGAUCUCCUGGAUCAGGAAAGACAGGAGCAACAACAGCAGAAGCAAAUGCAAGCGAUGAUAAGACAACGUUCCAGUGACUCAUUCUUCCCCAACAUAGAUUUUGAUGCAAUCACUGAUCCCAUAAUGAAGGCAAAGAUGGUUGCAUUGAAAGGAAUCAAUAAAAUGAUGGUUCAGAACAACAUGGGAAUGACUAUUAACAAUGUCCAGACAGGGCAGGCGCUACCUGGCCCUGAAGAAGUUGUAUCUCCGAUGCAGUUGACUGGACAGGAUGGCAAACUUGCUCCUCAAAUGGCACUACCCAAUCCCCCAAAUUUUGGAACAGGAUUUGCCCAUGACACACAGAAGGUUCAGUAUGAGGACUGGCUCAGGGAAACCCAGCAGCUGCUUCAGAUGCAGCAGAAAUAUUUGGAGGAGCAGAUUGGGGCCCACAGAAAGUCAAAAAAGGCCCUGUCAGCCAAGCAGAGAACUGCCAAGAAAGCAGGACGGGAGUUUCCUGAAGAAGACGCAGAGCAGCUGAAACAUGUGACCGAGCAGCAGGGGGUUGUGCAGAAACAGCUGGAACAGAUUCGAAAGCAGCAGAAAGAGCAUGCAGAGCUGAUAGAGGAGUACAGAGUUAAACAGCAGCAACAGGGUGGCAUGCAACCCCCAGUGCUCCCUGGAAUGCCACCAAUGCAGCCUCAUGCUGGCAUGAUGCCAGUUGGGCCCCCCAUGAACCAACCUAUGAUGGGUCCCAUGAUGCCCAUUCAGCUUCACCCUGGCCAACCAGAUGCAGCUAAUGUGUCCAACACAGCAGGCUGGCACCCUGGUGCACCUGUUCCUAGUGGAGGACCUCAAAUGCCGGGAGUAAUGCCCGCUCAAGUAGUCCAGACACAGCCUCCACCGCCGACAGUGGCUAGGCCCAGUCAGGGGCAGGCAGGUGGCGAGUCUCCUCACGUGAAUUUCGAUGAUACCAACCCAUUUAGCGAGAGUUUCCAGGAGCGUGAGCGCAAGGAGAGACUACGGGAGCAGCAGGAGAGGCAAAGAGUUCAGCUCAUGAAGGAGGUGGAAAGGCAGCGUGUGAAACACUGCAUGGAGCAACAGCAGGGUCCCAACUGCCAAGAUGGUACCAUGAGGACCCUGUCCCAGAUGCCUUUUUACAACCAGGACCUACCACAGGACUUCAUGCAGCCACCCAGAAUGCAGCAGCAGAUGCAUGGGCAGCCAUUUCCACAGCAACAAGGCAUGCAACCAGGGUUCAUUGGAGGACCUUCCAGGCCAAUGAUGGGUAACGGUCCAUUCCCUCAGGAAAUGGGACCGGGAUUUGUUUCUGAGAACCUAGCACCCCAUGGGCCCAACUUUGUCCAGGCACAAACUAGACCUCAGAGAUACCCUGGGCCAAAUAUGAUGCCUCAAAAUGCAGCUCAAGGGCAUCCGUUUCCAAUGGAUGGACCCACGCCCUUGCCUCCAAACUUUCCAGUUCCCGGUCCAUCACUUAUCCAGCUGUACUCCAACAUCAUCCCGGAGGAGAAGGGUAAGAAGAAAAGGAACCGCAAGAAGAAGAAAGAUGAUGAUUGUGAGUCACUGAGAGCUCCUUCUACACCUCACUCUGACCUGACGGCCCCGUUAACACCCUGCGUGUCAGAUACGUCAUCUACACCGACAAGGAACCCAAUGGUCUUCGGCGACCACGAGUUCUGCGAGAUGUCCCAACCCGGAUCGUCCACACCGGGCUCCAUGAGCAGCCAGCCACACUCUGAGCUGGAGCGCCAGCUCUCUGAAGGCAGCUGUGGUGGAGGGCCAGAGAUGACCAUGAGCCAUCAGGAGAUGCAUGACAGGAUCCUCUCCAACAUCAAAUUGGAGAAGGUGGAGGCGAGUGACUGUCAUGGACAUAAGGGAAUGGAAUUGGAAAUAGGAAUAGGCAUGGUCAAGGUAGAAGGAGAGAGGGAAGGAAUGAUGCUUCAUCAUGCGGUUCAAAGUCCAGCCAACAGCUUGAAAGGAGAAGCUGGGAAUGAACUCCUCAAACACCUCCUAAAGAAUAAGAGGACUCCACCGCACCAGAGGUCUGAAGACAGCCUGAGGUCAGAGGAAGAGGGAUCCACGGACAGCAAAGCAUUUCUGCGACAGUGCUCCAUGGAUAGCUCUGGGACGUUCUCGGAUUCAAACCACCCUGAUUUCCCUGGACCCUUACUUCCUGAGGACAAGAAGAAACAGAGGAACAAGAGGGCACCCAAGAGCGGAGACAGACCCGCCCCCCGCUGUAAAAAGAGGAAGAAAGAGGAGGAUGAGAGUCAAGCAGUGUAUUCCUCGACUGAGACUGUAAUGACCCAAUUAAAACAGCAGCAGCUCUCUCUCUUGCCCCUAAUGGAGCCUCUUGUGGGGGUGAACUUUGCCCAUUUCAUGCCCUAUGGAGGUGGACAGCUGGAUGGAGAGUGCCGUCUCUCGGGCACAUUUGGAAGCGCCUCAUUGGACGGUGUCUCAGACUAUUACUCCCAGCUGAUUUACAAGCAGAAUAACCUGAGCAACCCACCCACACCUCCUGCCUCCCUGCCCCCGACACCACCUCCAGUGGCACGGCAGAAGUUGCUCAAUGGCUUUGCCACAACUGAAGAGCUUGUCAGCAAAGGUGGUGGAAUUGUUGGACAUGAUGUCACCAAAGGGUUGCUUUCUCGACCGCUGCAGUUUAAGGCUGAGGAGGAGCUGCUGGCUCGAGCACUGGCUCAGGGGCCCAAAACUGUGAAUGUGCCGGCCUCUCUUCCCACCCCACCUCAUAACAACCAGGAAGAGCUCAGGGGACACUGUGAAGACCGAGACACCCCAGACAGCUUUGUCCCAUCUUCUUCCCCAGAGAGUGUCGUUGGCAUGGAAAUCAGUCGCUAUCCUGAUCUCUCAUUGGUCAAGGAGGAACCUCCUUCUCCAGCCCUGUCUCCAGUCAUUCCAAUGUUUCCUGUCUUUAGGGGCAAAGGCUCAGAGGUCAGGUUCCGAGAGGUCAAGACAGAGCCUUCAUCUGUGUUCUUCGGCUCUCCAUUUGGACCGGUGCAAAAUGGUUCCAACACUGGGCUGGUGUCCAUCGCCAUCACACUGAAGCCAGCUGCUGCUGAGAACAUCACUGACGUCGUGGCAGCCAUUGCUGACCUGAUCCGUGUGAAGAUCCCCAGCAGCUAUGAGGUCAGCAGUGGCCCGGGCUCUAUGGGGGCCAUCAAGACCUCCGUGGAUGCCCAACGUCUAGCCUCUGCACUUCACGAGCCGAAUGGACCACGGGCCACACGGCAACCGCCUUACCACCUGCAGUUACAGCACAACCAUAACAAAGGUGGCAGAGAGCAGUAUAAGAAGGGACGGGGCAGCCCAGGACAGAGGCAACAAUGGUGUCAACAAUGUAAAGUGGUGGUCCUGGGCAAUGGCGUGAGGAAAAUGACCAAAGAUGGGCAGGGCAAAGCACAGGAGUCCCAGUUAUGUUCUGAUGGGGGUUUGGUGUUCUGCAGUCAUAGCUGUCUCAUUCUGCACUCAUCAUCCACUCAGUCCAAUGGGAACACUGACACCAAGACAUCUGUUGCUCUACUUUCUGAAAGUGCUUUGAAACAGAGUCCUUCUAAAGUCCAGCACCAGUAUAGCAACAACAUGUCCUCUCUGGAUGUCCACUGCCUGGCCCAACUCCAACACAAGCCGUCCCCUCCCUCUCCGAACCUUCACGCGGCUUAUAACCCAGCUGGUCAAGCGAUCAAGACAGAAUCCAAACCUGAAAGCAUAUCGGAGAGCCAUCUUAAAGUGACGGUUAAGCUGAAACCGCGUUCAGAGGGCCACUUGGAAGACAAGCCGUGGCAUCAUGGCAAACGGUGGAAAGGCCUGCGCUGGCGAAAAUGGACAAUACACAUUGCAGUACCGAAAGUUGCCACCCAAGAGUCGGAAGUCGAGGAGUACUUGCAGCAGCUCAACUCAUCUCUGCGGCCAUGCUCAACCACCCGUGACUGGCGCCGCUGCUGUUUUUGCCAACAGAUUGGCGAUGGGAUGACGGAUGGCCCCGCCAGGCUGCUCAACUUGGACUUGGACACCUGGGUGCACCUCAACUGUGCCCUUUGGUCCUCUGAAGUGUAUGAGACUCAAGCCGGCGCCCUGAUCAAUGUGGAGCUGGCGCGUCAGCGUGGUCAAACGGUGGUUUGUGCGUUUUGCCAGCGCUUAGGCGCCACUAGUGGCUGCCAUCGGUUGCGUUGCCUCAACAUCUACCACUUCACCUGCGCCCUGCAGGCUGGCUGUACGUUUUUUAAGGAUAAGACGAUGCUGUGCCACCAGCACCGGCCACGGGGAGCCGGUGCUGCAGCCGGCUUGCACUUAGAACAUCAGCUGCGCUGCUUCUCUGUGUUCCGCCGCGUCUUCGUACAGCGCGAUGAGCUGCGACAGUUAGCGUCGGCCGUGCAGCAGCCGGAGCGCGGACAUACUUUCCGUGUGGGGAGUUUGCUUUUCCAUGCGAUGGGUCAGCUGCCACCUGCCCUGCUGCCCACCUUCCACUCGUCUACGGCCAUCUAUCCACCAGGCUAUGAGGCAAGCCGUCUCUACUGGAGCAUGCGGCACGGUCAGAAGCGCUGCCGGUACGUCUGCUCGGUUGAAGAGCAUGAGGGGCGUCCCGAAUUCAGCAUCCGUGUGAUCGAGCAGGGCUAUGAGGAUCUGGUGCUAACAGACACCACUGCUAAAGGAGUCUGGGACAAGGUUCUUGGGCCCGUGGCUGAGAGGAGGGCUGAGACGGGCAUGCUGAGACUCUUCCCUGUCUAUCUGAAGGGAGAGGACCUGUUUGGGCUUACCAUCUCAGCAGUUACCCGCAUCGCCGAAUCGCUGCCGGGUGUUGAGGCGUGCUCAAGGUAUCGGUUCCGCUAUGGCCGUAAUCCCAUGUUGGUGCUUCCAUUGUCGAUCAAUCCAUCGGGCAGCGCUCGUUCUGAGUUGCAGACGUUCCCCCAUCAUGAGAGGUUAAAGAUCCUCUCGGUGUGGGACAGAACAUCUCGCUGCAUUCAGAACUCCUCCAUGCCAGAGAGUGGAUCAUCUCACAGCAAACACUUUGUGCACUCUAAGUCAUCUCAGUACCGCCGGCUGACCAGCGACUGGAAGACUAAUGUGUAUCUGGCACACUCCCUCAUCCAGGGUCUUGGGCUGUUUGCAGCACGUGACAUUGAGAAGCAGACCAUGGUGAUUGAAUACAUGGGGGAUAUUCUGCGCUCUGAAGUGGCCAUGAGGAAAGAGCUGCUGUACAAGGCUAAGAACCGCCCAGCGUACAUGUUCCGCAUCAGCAGUGACCGAGUUAUAGACGCAACCAACUCUGGAAGCCCUGCAAGAUACAUCAAUCAUUCAUGCUCUCCAAAUUGUGUGGCUGAGGUUGUCGCGUUUGAGCGGGGCUACAAGAUUAUCAUCAGUGCCGCCCGCAGGAUUGAGAGGGGAGAAGAGCUCUGCUACGAUUACAAGCUCACCCCGGUUGACGAUCAGAGCAAGAUCCCAUGUCACUGUGGAGCCGCCAACUGCCGCAAGUGGAUAAACUGAACAACUCUGAGGUGCCAAUUUACCAGAGGAGACAGCCAAUCCUGGAAGUUGUUUUAGCGGGCGAUCAUUUCUUAAAACGUGCAAAACUAAGAGGAAAACACAGCGCUGAAAUACAGCAUUGUGUGAGAGCCAUUCGUAUCAUUUUCUUGACUUGAAAGGAAAAGGUUCCGUUAUGUGCAUGUGCCAUGAGUGUGUGCGUGUGCGUGCGCGUGUGUGAGUGUUUGUUUGCCAGUUCGAAUGCGUGUGCGUCACACAGGGCAGAUUUCACCAGCGAAUGAGGACGGAGAAUGAGCGAGAGCACUGUGCCGGGUAUGCCUUAUAGGUCGAUGGAGGGGGCAGGCCCAUCUGUAUGACGUGAUCUGUACCGUAGAAAUCAAUGUAGAACAUCACUGAAUGGAGAAUGUACGGAAUUGACUUCCGCAAAGGGAAAAACAUGUUGCACUAAAAAAAAAGAAAAGGAAAAAAAAAAAAAAAAGAAAUAGAAAAUGAACUCACGAAAAAAAUACUUGAUUCCAUGAGUCAGUUUUAUCCUAGAUAUCUCUCAUUGUUUAGUGUAAGAAAAUAAAGGUGUUUUGUAUUUAUUACUGUGUGAGUGAAUGAAUGGGGCCUAUUUUUAAAAGCGGUUUUAUGCCGAUAAAAAGGAUGCCCGACUGCGAUUCUUGCACGCAGUUUGAGAUUCUGUUACAUCUGUAAAUACCGUGUAAAUAUAGAGAAAUAUCAGAAUGAUUGACCAAAUACGACCUUAUUCACUACCUUAUUCAUAUCGAUAUUCACAUAUUUUAGAUGUGCUUGUUCUGUUUUUCUUUUCUUUUCUCCUUUAUUUUCCUUUCCGGAAUUAUUUAACAAAGACACAUCACGAUACCACGUGUACACGUGUAAUUACGAAACUGUACAGAAUUACAAAGGUGAUUUCACAAGAAAAGUAUUUUCUCUGUGCUUAGGAUGUGGUAUUUGUAGUGACUUUGUGGUUUAUUCAUUAUUGCUGACCAUUUCGUUGGUUUCCAUUUCAUUUUAUUCCAUUUUAUGUUACGGAUAGCGGCGACACGGAAUUGGAAACGAGAGACGUUCUAGUAAAUCAGGGUGGGAUUGUUGAUGUAGGGAUAACUGUGAAAUGAAACUCUUUAAACCUCACAAACCGAUUAUGAGGUCACAAGCGUAACCUGUACAGGCACAAGUAGAUCAUGCUCACUUUUUAUACAUAAAGGCUGUCGUAUGGAUUUUAUAAACACGCAGCGUUGCCGUCGGACGCUUUGUGUGUAAUCGGUGGGAGGGAAGGGUCAGCGUAAAUCUCUGAAAAAUGUGUACAUACGAGAAACAUAUGCUUGUAUUAGUUUUAUUGAUUGAAGUGAAGCAUCUGUUAAGAGAGCGCUAUUCAUUUUGUAGCCAAAAACUGUUUUUCCACACUUUCACAUGCCUUGUUAUUUCAAUUUGGGAGUUUCUGUGUGCACAA